AUGCGUUUAACACGGAAACGGUGGACAAUUUGCACUAUUAGCCUCCUUGUGAUUUUCUACAAGACGAAAGAAAUAGCAAGAAGUGAUGAACAUCAGGACGCUCAACUCACAGGUGAAAGUAAACCAAGCCUUUCAAGACUAAUGGCCAAUAACUCAGAGGGAAGCAUUGGCAAGAGACUGUCUGUGUAUCUUGAGGAGCCCAAGAAGGGAUGGAAGGUCAACUCCACUCUAGUCUCUAUGAUAAGGAAGGACAUUCUGAGGUUCCUUGAUGCAGAGAGGGAUGUAACUGUGGUGAAGAGCAGCUUGAAACCUGGAGACACCAUUCACUAUGUCCUUGACAGACGCCGGACAUUCAACGUCUCACACAGUCUGCACAGUCUUCUACCUGAGGUGUCACCUCUAAAGAACCAGAGGUUCAAAACCUGUGCUGUGGUUGGCAACUCUGGGAUACUGCUGAAGAGUAGAUGCGGGAAAGAGAUAGACAGCCAUGAUUUCAUCAUCCGGUAA